ACCGUUCAAAGGGUUUUAGGAGGUUUUAAGAGAAGCAGAGAGGGGGUCAAGCGGCGGCAUUCCCUCCUUCCUUCGCAAGAAGCCCUAGCGACACAGCCACCGUCAACUCCUCCUCUUGCGGCGCGACUCUCCGCCGUGAUCCUCGCAAUCUGUAAAUUCUCCAAUCUCUCUGAACCCUAUGUCCACGCCUGAUACCAGACUCUCAAAUCCAGACUCAGAUUCGCCCCCGAGUCAGACCCCCACCACGCAAUUGGAUUCCCCGCAGAUGAUAAACCAGAAGAUUCCCCAUCAGAUCAGCAGCAGCAGCAGGGGGAGGAGGAGGAGGAAGAGGGGGAGUGUGGAUUUUGCUUGUUCAUGAAAGCAGGUGGAUGCAGAGAUAGCUUUAUCGAUUGGGAGAAGUGCAUUGAGGAGGCUGAGAAGAACAAGGAAGAUAUUGUGGACAAGUGCGUUGAGGCGACUGCGAAAUUGAAGAAGUGUAUGGAGGCUCAUGCAGAUUACUACGAGCCCAUUUUGAGGGCAGAGAGGCGGCUGAGCAACAAUUCGUCGAUGAAUUGGAAAAGGAAGCAGGGACAGCGGAGCAGACUGCAGAUCAGAGUGCUUCCCACUCAAAGGAGGCUUCCAAGGAUUCUGGAAAGGAAGGGGCUUCUAAUGAUAAGUGAGAAUGACCUGGGUCCGUCUCAAAUACGCUAUUUUAGAAAUGAAAAUUGUGUCUUGCUUUUGUUUUCAUAGUAGUUUAUUUAACAUAAACGAUAAAGGAAAACGUUUUACAAUCAUGUUUUCCCGGAUUUGUGGCUGGACUAGAGGCCAUUGAACGUGAUGAAUUGAGCGCGCGCGCGCGCGCGCGCGAGAGAGAGAGAGAGAGAGAGAGAGAGUCCAAUCUCAUUUUUUGUUCCCAAUAAUUGGAAUGAUUAAUGUUACUUACUUCAAUUUGUAUUUUU